ACACACACACACACACACACACACACACACACACACUGCUUGAUGCGCGUGCCUCACGCCUCCAUCCUCGCGCGCAGCAUCACCAGUCUCCAUCAGCGACUCGGACUCCGUCUCUCCGCGCGCGGCUCCGCUUCUCCGCAUUAGAGCUCCUCCGCAGUCACGUGACACGGCGGGAGAACGAGAGAGAGAGAGAGAGAGAGAGAGAGAGAGAGCGAGAUUCAGCCCUCCUCUUCCUCCUCCUUCUCCGUUUGCAGCUCGUUCAUGCCUCUCAGAUUCGGCGCGAGACCUGCGGUGAACAGGACCCCGGAUCGCGCGCAGUACAGUUUUUAUUUUAUUUCUUUUUAAUGAUUUUCUUGAUAUUUUGGGUGUGUAAUCCGCGCGCACCGACACCCGGAGGAUUAUAUAUAUAAAAUAUAUAAAUAUAUAUAUAUAUAUAUAUAUAUAUAUAUAUAUAAACAAUUAACAAAACAAAGCCUUUAUAUAUACACCGAGCGAGAGAGCGAGCGCGCGCGAGGGAGGAGGAAGCGCACGAGGCGGCGUGGAUGCGCGGAGGAAAUGGAAGUGCUGCUGGUGAUCUGCGUCGCGUUCGGGAUGCUGCGGUGCGACGGCGCGCGAGCCGACUCCAUCAUCCACAUCGGCGCCAUCUUUGAGGAGAAUGCAGCGAGGGAUGAAGAGGUCUUCCAGCUGGCCAUCUCAGACCUCAGCCUCAAUGAUGACAUUUUGCAGAGCGAGAAAAUCACACACUCCAUAAAAUUUAUCGAGCCUAACAACCCCUUCCAGGCGGUGCAGGAAGCGUGUGAGCUGAUGACUCAGGGAAUCCUGGCCUUGGUGACCUCGACCGGUUGUUCCUCAGCCAGCGCUCUGCAGUCCCUCACCGACGCCAUGCACAUCCCUCACCUGUACAUCCAGCGCAGUGAUGACGGUUCUCCUCGCACCGCCUGCCCUCUCAAACCCAGCACUGAUGGAGGACGCUACACGCUGGCCGCUCGACCUCCUGUACGCCUCAGUGACGUCAUGCUUGCUCUCGUGGACGAACUCCGCUGGCGCAAGUUUCUUGUCUUCUACGACAGCGAUUACGAUAUCCGUGGACUGCAGGGUUUUCUGGACCAGACAGCGAGGCAGGGUCUGGACGUGGCUCUGCAGAGGGUGGACCGGAACAUCAGCAGCGUCUUCUCCAAUCUGUUCAGCAGCAUGCGCACAGAGGAGCUGAAUCGCUACAGGGACACACUGAGGAGAGCCAUUCUGCUGCUGAGUCCUCGUGGAGCUCAGGUCUUCAUCCAUCAGGCUGUAGAAACCAACCUGGCCUCCAAAGACAGUCACUGGGUAUUUGUGAAUGAGGAGAUCAGUGACACUGAGAUCAUGGAGCUGACCCACAGUGCUUUGGGGAGGAUGACGGUGAUCCGGCAGAUUUUCCCGCUGUGGAGAGACAGCAGUGUGAACUGUAUGAGGAACAGCCAUCGCAUCUCCUCUUUGCUCUGUGACCCUCAGGAGGGAUACCUGCAGUCUCUCGAGGUGUCCAACCUGUACCUGUAUGAUAGCGUGUUGAUGCUCGCCAAUGCAUUCUACAGGAAGUUAGAGGACAGGAAGUGGCACAGCAUGGCCAGCCUGAACUGCAUACGGAAGUCCACUAAGCCCUGGAAUGGAGGCUGGUCCAUGCUGGAGACUAUCCAGAAGGGUCGCAUCACCGGCCUCACUGGAAUCAUGGACUUCAUGGACAACGGAUCCAACUCACAUGUUCAGUUCGAGAUUUUAGGCACCAGCUUUAGUGAGACCUUUGGAAAGGACAUCAAACGGUUAGCCACAUGGGACUCAGUACACGGCCUUAACGGAAGCCUGAAGGAGAGCCGGAUUGAGAACGGCAUGCAGGGGGUUACAGUUAAAGUCGUCACACUGCUGGAGGACCCAUUUGUCAUGGUCGCGGAAAACAUUCUCGGCCAGCCAAAAAGGUACAAAGGAUUCUCCAUCGAUGUUCUCGAUGCCUUGGCAAAGAUCCUCGGUUUCAAAUAUGACGUCUACCAGGUAGCCGACAGCAAGUACGGCUCUCGGCUUCCCAACGGUUCCUGGAACGGCAUGAUCGGGGAACUUAUUAACAAGAGAGCCGAUCUGGCCGUCUCCGCCAUCACCAUCACACCUGAGCGAGAGAACGUUGUGGACUUCAGCAAACGCUAUAUGGAUUAUUCUGUGGGGAUUCUGAUGCGCAAACCGGAAGAAAAGAUCAACAUCUUCUCCUUGUUUGCUCCGUUUGACCUGGCCGUGUGGGCCUGCAUUGCAGCUGCCAUCCCUGUGGUCGGAGUUCUGAUCUUCCUGCUGAACCGCAUGCAGUCGCUGCGCUGCCAGAAUCCUCCAGGAGCUCCGUCGUCUAUAUCCAACUCCCUACACAGCGCAGUGUGGCUCGUUUACGGCGCCUUCGUACACCAGGGUGGAGACUCGGCUGUGGGUUCGGUGGCAUUGAGGAUUGUGAUGGGAAGCUGGUGGCUCUUCACCUUAAUCGUGUGCUCCUCAUACACCGCUAACCUGGCAGCGUACCUCACCGUGUCCCGCAUGGACAACACCAUACGGACGUUUCAGGACCUGGCGAGACAGGUGGAUUUGGAUUACGGUACGGUUCGGGACUCGGCGGUGUACGACUACUUCAGGGCGAAGGGCACAAACCCGCUGGAGCAGGACAGCACUUACGCUGAGUUGUGGAGGACAAUCAGCAAAAACAAUGGGCAGGAAUUCUCAGUGUCCAGUCCGUCAGAGGGAAUCCGCAGGGCAAAAAAAGGUCCUUAUGCGUUCCUCUGGGACAUGGCAGUGGUGGAAUACGCAGCGCUGACGGACGACGACUGCACCGUCACCGUCUCAGGAAACAGCAUGAGCAGUAAGGGUUAUGGCAUCGCUCUGCAACAUGGCAGCCCUUACAGAGACCUCUUCUCCCAAAAGAUCCUGGAGCUGCAGGAGAAGGGGGACCUGGAUGUUUUGAAGCAGAAGUGGUGGCCUCGUUCAGGUCGCUGUGACCCGGGGAGUCAGCGGGGGUCUCCAGCCGAUGGACGUUCCCUGAAACUGCACAGCUUCGCCGGGGUUUUCUGCGUGCUGGCCGCAGGGCUCGUGCUCGCCUGCCUAGUGGCUGCCCUGGAGACGUUCUGGAGCAGCAGCAGCAGCCACUGCCGCCGAGAGCAGCCCAAAGAGGUUACUAAGGAUUACAGAGUGAGAAGGGUUUCAGAUCCAUUGAGAUAUAAUGAUAUUGCUACUGCUUCAUCGGAGGGGAGGAAGGACAUUUGGACAGACAGAGAGAGAGACUGGGAUGAAACAGAGGCUAUUGAUACAGGACAAGGAGGUGAACCUGGAGCAGGUGCAUCGGCGCAUGAACAGUCUCAUAGACGAGGACAUGGCGCACAAGCAGAUCCCCGGGCCAUCUAUCGAGAUCUCUGCCCUGGACAUCGGUGGCAUGCAGCAAGCGGCACGGGAAGCUGGCCGGGAUUUCGUGGGCACGGCUCUAUCCGUGAGCACCUUUCUGCCAGAGCAGGCCCAUGGAGUGGGCAGGACACUGGCACCAGGGCCUGGCACUGCGCUCCCCCUGCCCCUGGGCAGCUCCACCAUGCCCUCCUCCAUCCACUGCAAACACAGGGCUCCCAACGGGGGUCUCUUCCGGCAGAGCCCCGGCAAGACACCCAUGCCAAUGCCCUACCAAUCGGUGCCAGGAGGACCCAUCCCCGAAGCCAUUGACCCCACCCACAGCACAUCCAUCUGAGGCCACAAGGGGGCAGCUUUCUUGUGUGGGAGGAGGCAGGGUGUGGCAGUACACAUUAGGGUUGUAAUGUAUAAAAAGAACAAAGAAAAAAAACACAGAUGGAGGUUGAUUUUUAAUAUAGAUACAAAAAACCAACAAAAAGAUCAUUUCUUGUAAAUAUUUGUAAAUAUAUAUAAAAAAAAAAAAAAAGAGCGAAGUGAGGUAAAGUGUAUUUUGAAUAUUCUCAAUUUUUGGAGUUGAGUUACAAAAAUGAAAACAAAACAAAAAAAAACAACAACAAAUUAUGAAACAGACUUUGAAAACUGACUGUUUAAAUGGCUUUGUAAAUUUUGUUCUAUGGAUAAAGACGCAAAUUCAUUGUGAUUGUUUUCUAAGUGCCGAAAUAAAAAAGAUGUCUCUCCGCAGUUUGUUACUAGAUUAUCACACAGUUCACUUCGUUAUGAAUCAUAAUGAAGAUGAAUCAAUCGUUCUAACCCUUUUUAAUGUUUUUUUUUAAUUCUGUCAUUCUUUAGUCUCCAAGAGCAUCGUCUCAGUUUGGCUGUUCGGCUGUUUUCCUUUCUGCUCUUUAACAUGUUCGAUGAUCGACAGUAUGAACGUUAGCGUUAGCAUUAGCAUGGAGCUGUAGAAUGAGGUGAAGUGCAGCUGGAACACUUUGAGUACAGGUUUCCUGAAGAAGAACACUUAGAAACAUGUCUGGAUUGUUGGUGGAUCUAAAUGACAGCGUACCUGCUCGAUCAAUGCAAAGGUGUGAAAAUAGUGAAAUUGUUUAUUUUUCAUAUUUGUGUGAUGAUAUAUGUAACAUACAUACAGAGAUAUUUUCCUUCAGAGUAAACAAAUGAAACACUUUUAUCAAUCACAAACUCUGUAAAGACAAAUCUAAAAUAUAAACGGUAUAAAACAUGCUGUGAUCCAACUUUUCUUUUCUUUGCUUUGCUUUUUCUGAUGAGAGAAAAAUGAUGCUGUCAUUAUGAAGUAUUUUUAUGAGGAAGAUUGUGUGGCUUUUUUUUUUGCCAGUUUUUGUCAUGAAUACACCACAUGACUUUACAUCACAAUACGAUUUUCUCCAGGAAUAUGAAUUGUGUCAUUUCACUGCUUGUCCUCGUCUUUUCUGUUCUUGUGUAAUUGUUUUUGCUUUUUUUUCCACCUGAGACUCUGUUUGAUUUUACUGCGUUUCUCCUGCUUCAUUUUAAUCUCAGUAAUCAGGUGGUGCUGAUGGAUGACAGGGAUCUGAUAUGAGCAGGUGUAGAUAAGUGUGUGUGUGUGUGUGUGUGUGUGUGUGUGUGUGUGUGUGUGUGUGUAUGUGUGUGUGUGUG